CUCUCCUGCUCGCUAUAAUGCGGUGCGGUUCUCGGUGCUGCUGGCUGGAGCUGGGUGGCUGUGCGCUGCUGCUGGGGGAUAAUAGUGGAUUAAUAACGGACUGUGGCUGCAUUUCCCUUGCCCCUGCCGGUGGUAGGUUCCUGCAGCUGCCCAGUGCUACCAGGGAGUGAGCUCUGCUAAGUGAGACCUGGAGGAGGAGGUAGGAAGGAACUGCAGUAGGGCUCCUCAUUCCUCCAUUUAGUUUUAGUGGUGCAGUAUGAAGUGCAGUUAUGGCAAGAAGAGGUAAGACAGCUGUGAGGACGCUGGAAGAUUUGACCCUGGAUUCUGGUUAUGGUGGUGCUGCUGAUUCCAUCAGGUCGUCCAACUUGUCCCUCUGUUCCGAUUCUCACCAGGUAGCUUAUGCCCAUGGAGGAAACUGCUGGCUUCUAACUGACUCCAUGCACAGUAGACACAACAGCUUUGACACGGUCAACACUGUCCUGGCUGAAGACUCAGAGGUCCUGGACUGUUCAGGACAGUGCUCCAGGCUGCCUGACCUUGAGGAAGUCCCCUGGAGCCUUGAGGAGCUAGAAGCUCUUCUGAAGAAAGAGAAGAUGUUGACUGGUGCCAGCAGAGAUGUCCUCUCCAAGCUGUCCUCCCUGGUCAGCAGGUCCCUGGUUAGGAUUGCCAAAGAGGCCCAACGUCUGAGCCUGCGCUUUGCCAAAUGCACCAAGUAUGAGAUCCAAAGUGCCAUGGAGAUAGUGUUGGCAUGGUCUCUAUCUUCCAGUUGCACCACCUCAGCUCUCAGUGCUCUCUCCCUGUACAACAUGAGCACUGGGGACAGGCUCAGCCGGGGCAAAUCUGUGCGCUGCGGCCUCACGUUUUCGGUUGGGAAACUAUAUAGGUGGAUGGUGGACAGUAGGGUGGCCCUUAGGAUUCACGAACACUCCGCCAUCUACCUGACUGCCUGCAUGGAGGCCCUGUUCAAGGAGAUCUACAAGAGGGUCCUUGCCAUGCCUCGCCCAGAGAAGGAGAAUGAGGCACCAAACUUUACUGCAGAAUCCCUGGAACAAGCAAUUAACAAUGAUUCUGAGCUCUGGGGUUUACUACAGCCAUUCCAGCACCUUAUAUGCGGUAAAAAUGCUAGUGGAGUCCUCUGCCUUCCAGACAGUUUGAACCUCCAUAGAGAGCAGCAAAGGCCCAAUAAACCAGGUGAUGUACAGAUGUUUAGCCAAUCAGAACUGAGGACAAUAGAGCAGUCUCUGCUUGCCACACGUGUGGGAAGUAUUGCAGAGCUCAGUGACCUGGUGUCUCGGGCAAUGCAUCACCUACAGCCCCUCAACAUAAAGCAACACAGCAACGGCACACCAAUGCACCACAAGCAAGGGCCACUAUAUUGGGAGCCGGAGGCCCUGUAUACGCUCUGUUACUUCAUGCACUGCCCGCAGAUGGAGUGGGAAAACCCAAACGUGGAACCAUCCAAAGUGACACUUCAGACAGAAAGGCCAUUCCUAAUGCUCCCACCCCUAAUGGAAUGGAUCCGCGUCGCUGUAGCUCACGCAGGAUACCGCCGCAGUUUUUCCGUUGAUAGCGAUGAUGUGCGACAAGCUGCCCGUCUUCUGCUUCCUGGAGUGGACUGCGAGCCACGACAAUUAAAGGCCGAUGACUGUUUUUGUGCGUCUCGCAAACUAGACGCCGUGGCCACAGAAGCUAAGUUUAAGCAAGACCUUGGAUUUAGGAUGUUGAACUGCGGGAGGACGGACUUGGUCAAACAAGCUGUGACUUUGCUGGGUCCUGAAGGAAUCAACAGCAUGAGCGAACAAGGAAUGACUCCGCUGAUGUACGCCUGUGUUAGGGGCGAUGAAGCAAUGGUACAAAUGCUUUUGGAUGCUGGGGCAGAACUCAACGUAGAGGUCCCAAGCACGGCGCACAAGUUUCCUUCUGUUCAUCCAGAAACCUAUCACUGGACUGCCCUGACGUUCGCUGUCCUCCAGGGGCACAUUCCUGUGGUGCAGUUACUACUGGAUGCCGGUGCUAACGUGGAAGGAUCUUUAGAAGCUGGGGAGGAGAAUUAUUCAGAAACCCCAUUGCAAUUGGCUGCAGCUGCAGGAAACUUUGAGCUUGCGAGUUUACUGCUGGAACGCGGAGGAGAUCCCAUGAUAGGAACAAUGUACCGAAAUGGGAUUUCUACAGCACCUCAAGGAGAUAUGAACUCUUUCAGCCAAGCGGCUGCACACGGGCACAGGAAUGUAUUCCGGAAGCUACUGUCCCAGCCUGAGAAAGACAAGGGUGACAUAUUAUCACUUGAGGAGAUUCUAGCAGAAGGGACAGAUGUGCCUGAAACCAACACCUCCUUGUGCCCGAGCCGCAACAGCAAAGCCAAGCUAAAGGCGCUGAAGGAGGCCAUGUAUCACAGUGCUGAGCACGGAUACGUGGACGUGACCAUCGAUAUAAGGAGCUUAGGAGUCCCGUGGACCCUUCACACGUGGCUGGAAUCCCUGCGCAUCUCCUUCCACCAGCACAGACGACCUCUCAUUCAGUGUCUGCUGAAAGAAUUCAAGUCUAUUCAAGAGGAGGAAUACACCGAGGAACUGAUUACACAAGGGCUGCCCCUGAUGUCUGAGAUAUUAAAGGCUAGCAAGAAUGAAGUCAUCAGCCAGCAGUUGGCCGUCAUAUUCAGCCAGUGCUACGGUCCUUACCCCAUCCCAAAGCUGACGGAGAUAAAACGCAAACAGACGUCUCGUCUGGAUCCGCAUUUUCUGAACAACAAAGAAAUGUCAGAUGUCACCUUUAUUGUUGAAGGAAGACCCUUUUAUGCCCACAAAGUAUUGUUAUUCACAGCAUCGCCAAGGUUUAAAUCACUUCUUACUAACAAGCCUACUACGGAGAACAGCUGCAUUGAGAUCAAUUAUGUGAAAUAUCACAUCUUUCAGCUGGUCAUGCAAUACCUGUACUGUGGGGGAACAGAAUCACUUCUCAUUAAAAAUAAUGAAAUCAUGGAGCUGCUGUCUGCCAGUAAGUUUUUUCACCUGGAAGCUUUGCAGCGCCACUGUGAGAUUAUCUGUGCGAAGAGCAUUAAUACAGAGAACUGCGUGGAUAUUUAUAACCAUGCCAAGUUUCUCGGUGUGCCGGAGCUGUCAUCGUACUGUGAAGGAUACUUCUUGAAAAACAUGAUGCUUCUUAUUGAAAACGAAGCCUUUAAGCAACUUUUGUAUGAUAAGAACUGCGAGACAACAGGCCAGGAUGUGCUAGGGGAUUUACAAAGGACGUUGGCAAUACGGGUACAGUCUAUUCAUCUAUCUUCUUCCAAAGGAUCUAUAGUAUAGAGUCGGCAGCUUCUCCGGUGGACAGUGUAUAGUGUUUACGCGCAAAGGCUUAAAUGAAGAUUACUGGCUCUUAACUCAACGAAUUUCCUAUUUUGCCAAUGGCUUAAGGCAAGGACUUUGGAUCUUCCCAGCUUGAAAAACGAAAUCUCAAAAGAAAUAUAAAAAUAUAAUUCCUAUUUUUGUUAUAAAAGACAGUUACCUAAAAAAAAAAAGAAUUAUUCUACAUUUUCCAAAAAAAACAAACAUGAUGGUGUCAACACAGAAAUGAGCAAAUAAAGCUACUUAACAAGAAAAUAUAUAACAAAAGAUAUAGAUAUAAAUAUAAUAAAAGUAUGUUCUUAGAUGUCAUUCUAAAUGCCCUAUUUAAAAAUUAUAUAUUUUCUUGUUUUUUUUUCUGAGCAUUUCCGAAGCUCUUUAUUUUCUCCUAUGUUCAUGAAAAAGGAGGGAAACAGUAUAUAGAUCUGAUUAUCAGUAUGGAACUAUUAAAAAAAAUAGAUCGAUGGAUUUAAGUUGGAAGCCUUUUAACGGUGAGACUUUUUAAAGAUUUCUAAAAUAAAAAAUAAAAUUGGGGUGGCCUUGUAGGAUACAAAAAUCACAAACAAAAAACAAUCCAUAACGUUUCUUAUCCUAUACUUUUCAUUUCUCAGAAAAGUUGUAAUAUGUCCGACCAGUGACUUUUUAUUAUUUCCAAAUGUCCAAGGACUUGGAAUAAAUUUCUGUGAACUCUGCAAGUCUAAAACAAACAAAAAAAAAAUCUUUUAUUCAGAUUGCUGCCUUUUUCCAGGAUGGAACAGAUUGCAAAAACAUGUGUACUGUCUUCGUUAACUCUCAUAGGUAGAGAAAAAAAAAGUUUUGAAAAGCUAGAAAAUUGGCAUGUCCGUAGUUAUGUUGAACAAAUUAAGCAAACUCAGAUUUGCAUGGUGUUAUCGUAUAUAAUUUUGCCAAGAAUUCCGCAGUUAUUCGCUCCAUUUGUGAAGUACCAGAAUACCCACAAAAUUCAGUUUCACUGUGAAUAUGUUAUAUUGAUUGUAGGUGUUAGAUUUUACAUCACAUAGUAAAAAUGGUGCAAAAGGUUUUUGUUUUCCUCUAUUCUUGUAAGAUAAAGUCAUUAUUUUUACUGCAUUGCUGAGAUAACCAGUGCCUGGCAGUAUCUAGGUACUGAAAGCCACAAGGAUCACUGUUUUCAUUUACCUAUAAAGCAUUAUCUCUUGUUUUAUCUGUUAUUGUAAGAAGACAUCUCAGAUGACAAAAAAAUGACCAUGUCUUUACAUGUAUGUUUUGUUGUACGUGUCAAAAAUUACUUUAGUGCGUGCCGAAAAAAGAACAAAAAACACAGAUUUGUUGAGUGCCACAUUCUCCCGGGCUCUUUUUGCUUAGCAAUCAAUUUGCAUGACCAAUUAAAUGUAAAAAGUAAAAAAAAAAAAAAAAAAAAACUUUUGUGAAACUAUGGCUGAUAAUAAAAUAAAAUAUUUUUUCCAUAUUGAAGGAAAUAGGGCAUUGUCCAUAUAGGUCAGCAUGACAGAUUCCAUUAAAGCGUUAAUGACUGGUAGAUGUCAUAGAACCUCCACAAUGCAAUGUCAUUUUUGGAACAUUGUACGAAUAUUAAUGUGUGAUGAUGUUUGAUGUUUGUGGCUUCUGGGAAAAUCAAGUCACACGAUCAAAUACAGAGCUGUUGUAUAGCUUUGACCAGCAGUGCCAGAUUUAAGUUGUAGGUGCCUAUAGGUACUCUGAGUUUCGCUAGCCAUUUUCCAGUGCUUGGCGUUUGCAGAAGUUUUAUAGGUAAAAUGACUUAUUAAGGGCAUAACUAGAACAAUUGGAGUUUCCAUUGUUACGGUGACCUAUAGGCACGUGCCUUGUGUGUUCAGUGAUAAAACUGGUUCUGUUGACAGAUAAAACACUAUUCUGUAAUGCUUUAAACACUUUUGUUAACUAUCCAAAAAUCACAGAUAACUGCCUAACGUCAAUACUAUUUAUAAUGAAUAUAUUAAAAUGUUGUUUUUUUUGGAGCAUGAUACCUUGACAAUGAUUUUCUGUAUAGAUGAUUUGUCAACAUCUCGUCUGUCCUAAUAUAUUGUCUGAAGUAUUUGACUAACAUUGUAUGUAAAUAUUGUUCAAUGCGUAACAGUCAGAUCUGAUUUCAGGCUGAAGACAGACGUCUGGUCCAUUAGAAAGUGAUGUCUGAUAUGUCUGUCAUCCAUUUUUAAGAGAAAACAAACUAUCCAUAUAUGUUCUGUUAACUGUUGCUAGAAUGGAAACAGAUAAACAAACUGAAGGGAAUCUGUCAUUUAAAAUGUAAAAAAAAAAAUGAUAUAAGAAUAAAACCAACACAAACAGCAUGAAA